AUGUUGAUGUCAAGUUGUUUGGUGGUAUUCAUGGUCAUGAAUGUGGAUGGUGCGACCAUGAAUUCUUCGUGCCCUGUCAUCACGCCAAGGAAGUUGGAUUGGAAAGCGCUCGACGGUUUUUGGUACCUCGCAGCCGUAGCCACGAAAGAUCUUGAAGUCAAAGGAGACUGUGCAAUGGUCCUUUUUGAUCACCAGAAUAUUACUGACGUUUCCAUCAGCUGGAUCACCAAUAAUACAGCAUCGUAUUACAAUGGGACUGUAUCUCUGAAGCAGAAUCCAAAAACAAAUGCUAGCGCUGAUCUUUUGCAGGUUGAUUAUAAUGAUAAUAAAACGGAAACUUAUUCGUUCUUGGACGUAAAUUAUGAACACUAUGCAGUGAUGUUCGCAUGUUAUGACAACGAAGAUGGCGCUAGCAGUACUUAUGAGAUUUGGAAGCUCACCAGGACACCGCAUCUAAAAGAUACGGAUGCAGUUCAACUUGAUCAAGCCGUGGCCAACUACACUCUUCAAAACACAGAGUUUUAUACUUUCAACAAUACAGAGGAUACCUGCAGAUUGGGCAACAAUGGCCAUCAGUUGGACACGUCGAGUCUUGUCCUGACGUCUGCAGCCGCACUUGCACUCUUCAGAAGAAUGUAUUGA